CCCACACCGGAUCCCCCAAAACGCCCUGCCAUCGAGCUUGUGAGGGCUGUCACGAACCUCGCAUUGUUGUGCUUCUCCCCUCCCUCCCUCCCUCCCUCACUCGAAUUGCUGCUGGUCGUGAGAUUGGAAACGUGAAGGAAGGACUCGCAGCAGCACAGUACCCCAAUUGAAGUUUGUCUCGCGAGUGGGCGUGGAUAGUUGUUUGUGGGUUUUGAGCUCGAGGCUUCAAAUUAGGGGGAAGAGAGAUGGAGGAGAACCGCGUCGUGGCUGUCCUGAACAAUGGCAGCGGGCUCUCAGAGAACCAGAAUAAGAAGACCGUCUCGUAUGCUGUGAAGGUGGGCUUGGCGCAGAUGCUGCGCGGUGGAGUGAUCAUGGACGUCGUGGAUGUUGCCCAGGCGCGGAUUGCUGAGGAGGCGGGAGCUGUCGCCGUGAUGGCGUUGGAGCGCGUGCCUGCCGAUAUCCGCGCUGAGGGCGGUGUGGCCAGGAUGAGUGACCCGUCGAUGAUCAAGGAGAUCAAGAAGGCUGUGACCAUUCCUGUCAUGGCAAAGGCCAGAAUCGGUCACUUUGUGGAGGCACAAAUUCUUGAAGCCAUUGGCGUGGAUUACAUUGACGAGAGCGAGGUACUGACACCAGCCGACGAUGUCCACCACAUCAACAAGCACAACUACAGAAUCCCAUUUGUGUGUGGAUGCCGUAACCUCGGGGAGGCUCUGAGGCGAAUUGCCGAGGGCGCUGCCAUGAUCAGAACUAAGGGUGAAGCUGGCACUGGGAAUGUGGUGGAAGCUGUCAGGCACACGAGGUCUGUGCUAGGAGAUAUUCGUAGGUUGCAAAGCUUGGACGAUGACGAAGUUUUCACCUAUGCGAAGGAAAUUCAAGCUCCAUAUGAGCUCGUGAGGCAGACCAAGCAGCUAGGUAGACUCCCAGUCGUCAAUUUCGCCGCCGGAGGUGUUGCCACGCCUGCCGAUGCAGCUCUCAUGAUGCAGCUAGGGUGUGAUGGAGUAUUCGUUGGUUCUGGAAUUUUCAAGAGUGGCGAUCCUGCCAAGCGGGCACGUGCUAUUGUGGAAGCUGUGACACACUACAACGACGCCCGUGUACUUGCUGAAGUGAGCGAGAACCUUGGGGAAGCUAUGGUGGGCAUCAACCUUAGUGACAAGAAGGUUGAACGCUUUGCAGCAAGGUCAGAGUAAUGGAAUUAAUAGCACAGUGUCAUUUUUCUUUUUAAAAAAAAUAUUAUCUGGGACGUAGAUGUAGAAUCAAAUCUUUCAUCUCUGGUUGAGCAGGCAGUCGCUUUUGUUCUCCAGUGCCUUUUGGCUCGCAAAAUAUCAAAGCAUUAUCCUGUCACUUUGAUCCAACUUGGUUGCAGUGUGUAUUCCCCGUCAAUAGUUAUACUGUUGUGGUCGUUUCUGCCACAUUGACCAA